GUUAAACACUAGUCAAUAAAUACGAUUUUAACCCGACUUUAAUGAUUCUGAAACAAUAAUGUUUUAUUUGAAUUUAAAUAGUUUUUAAGAAUUGUUAAUCAACAGUCACUGUAGUUAAAUCAACUGGUCGACUGUACUUUUCGCUCUUAUGCACACUCGGCCAUUUGCAACUUACGAAAUCUAAACAGUAAACACCUAAGUGUGUCAUUUUACAGUUUAUUAUUAUCAAGCGUGGCCCCAAAUAGGGCUUAAAUCGGUCUACUGGUGGUUUCCAAGUGCCUUAUCAAGUGAGGUUAUGGUAUGAUUAUAGACUGAAAAAUGUGGAAAAACAUUAAAAUUGACGAGGAUUUUACCUUAAACGUAUUUGAAGCCGACGAACAACAGCCCAAAACGGAAAUUCUUGUCAAAAAUGAAGCUGAAAGUGGUGAAUUGGUUUCCACAAGUAAUAUUAAGCCUGAAACUGGUCGCGAUAUCAACACCAACGAGUCUCAAACGAGCGGAGUCAUAAGCGAUUUAUCUUCAAUUAAUUUAAUUAAAAAAGAGACACAAGUGAUAGAUUUAACUGAUGAUGAUAUUUCUGAUGUCAAGAAAGAACCAAUCAUUGAAAUAAAUUUAACUAAUGAUGAUGAUAUGCCUGAAACUAAAAUAGAACUUAAGGAGGCUAUUAUUCCAAAUGAUGAUUGUGAAGUUAUUGUGAUUACAGAUGAUGUAAAAACUGAAAAAGACCCAAAUGAGGCUUUGGCUGUGAUAAAUUCUGACAAGGAAAAUUCAAAUAGUGACGAAACUCUACUUGGCAGGGAAAUAAUUAGGCAAAUCAUUAAAUCCAUAAGUGACACUGAAAAUGGUGAUCAAAGAGAAACAGCUGUGUCAGAUGCAACACCAAGGCCUAUUAUAACUGUCAGACCCCCUGAGGUAAUUAAUUCGUCAGUUGGGAACAAUUGUCCUGUUAGGUUGGUACAACCUGCACCUUCCAUUCCCGAAGCUGAGAAAGCAAACCCGGCAUUACAGGUUCCUGUAAUUGUUCAAAAUAGUGUUUCUCUCCUUGAAAAACCAAAUGGUGGAAUUGUUGGUGAUGCUUUGAGGUCGCUUCUCACUGUUCAGUCUCCCCACGAACAAGAAAUGAUCGGAAAGUUUCUUAAAAAUAUAUUAAGUGAGGAUAAAACAGCGCCAUCUUUGACUCGUAACAUGACUUCGUCGAGUUCCGAAUUUCAAUCACCGAAAAGAACAAAAAUUCCCCAAAAUUCGGUAAAAAAGUCUAGUACAACUAAAAAUAAAACGAAAGUUGUUGCAAAAAGUCGACCAAAAAUCAAUAAAAAACCACUCAAAAAACCUUCAAAAGAGAAAACAAAAAUUGUUAUGACUCCAACAGGGGUUAAGAUUGCUAACCCCGAAAUAUUAUUUUUAAGUGGACAGGAAAAAUCGAAAACAACUUCGGACUUUUUCGUUCGAUCGAGUUUGAAACGUUCUCUUGAUUCACAACUAAAAGACAAGAAAAAUGAAUUAUCACCGGCAAAGAAAAAUCGAACUGAGUCACUCUCUUUCCAAACACUUCCAGAAACCUCACCCAAUUCAAGGACCUCAAGUUGGGUCAAAAGCCACUUUCAUGAGAAACCUAAAACACGCGGACGAAAGCCUAAAACACAACCUCAGACUCCUAACACCCUGAAGCCUAAAACACAAGUUAGGAAGCCUAGAAGACAACCUAAGACUCCGAACACAAGCACUGCGCAAGCGCAAAUGCCUGAAACACAACCUCAGACUCCUGACGCAUCCAGUGCGCAAGCGCAGAAACCUAAAACUCAAGUUAGGAAGCCUAGAAGCCAACCUAAGACUCCGAACACAACUGCGCGAGCGCAGACGCCUAAAACACAACCUCAGACUUCUAACACACCCACUCCGCAGGCGGAAAAGCCUAAAACACAGCUCAGGAAGCCUAGAAGACAAUCUAAGACGCCUGAAACACCUAUUAUUCCUGAAGCGGUGCCCGAAACUAUAAAUGACACUUGUAAAAUCAUCGGAGAGUUUUUAAAUGGGGUUUUUAAUCCCAAUUCGGUUCAGAGUGAAUCAUUGCCAUCGUUUUUGGGACGAUGUUAUGGGACGCAGUUGGUAAACAUGUAUCUCAGUUUGAAUGGGAAAAAACAAAAUGAACAAUGAUUAUUUUUUUUCAGAGACUUUGUUAUUGUCAGUAUUUUUUGUACCAUUUAUGUUAAAUAAAUUGACUUUUUAA